GUUUUGCCAGCUCAAUUCGCCCGCCAUGCCUUCUCUCGUGCCUUCGCCCAGCGCCAUGCGCGGCCUCUCAAUCCGCGCCUUUUCAACCACCGCAGCGGCCCGCGCACCGCCCCGCGGCGAUUCUCACCAGCGCCACUCCUCCACCAGCAGCCUCCUCUCCAUCAACAACCCGACUUCUUCCUCACGAUCGUCUGGCCCCUCACGAUCCGGCCAGUCGGCGCACAAGCCCAGCGAGGCUGCGUCGGACUUGAUGACGAGAUAUAAGCGCGUGGGCCAGACGUCGCUGAGGAACAAGCAGACCCAGCUGGAUAUGAUGCGCAACCAGAAGAACUCGAACGAUUACCUCAAGCAGAUGCCGCGAAGGUGGGACGCCGGUGAUGUGUACUCGCCGCAUGAUAUGAGUCCUGUGGAGAUGCAGAAGUGGAGGAAGAGGUCGCCUAGAGGGGGGGAUGUUGUUGAUGCGCUGGGGAUUCGACCUCUGGAUAUGUACAAGAACUUUUCUUUGAUCCAGGAAUUCACUUCAACCUCUGGCCAAAUCACUCACUCAUCCGGCACAAGUCUUCGUCCCGUCAACCAGCGCAAGAUUGCCAAGAUGAUCCGACGAGUUCAGGGCAUGGGUCUGUACCCGACUAUUCACGCUCACCCGGAAAUGGUCAGGGACAACUUCUUCCCUGAGAGGAGAUGAGAGAUUGGACGGACUAAAAAAUGGCGCAGUGUGAUUGUAUUUUUUUUUUCUGUUUAGAGCUGCCUUCUAUGCAUAUGGCGCUCACGCAAGACAUUGUUUUAUAUACUUGUAGCUAGAUAUUUCCCCCUGAACUAUGUGUACAAUAGAUGCCGCCCUCAAUUAUACAAUGUCAUGCUGAUAUUUUUUCCUUCCAUGUUGUACACUCAGCUUUUGGCCUUCUAAGCCUUCAUGAUCCGUUCUAUUUUGAAUUGGCACAGCGAAUACUCGUCCAUCCGCCGGCCCACCUUCAUCAGCUCUGCCCAAGCAUCGCUGUAUCGUCCCUUGGCCCACUCUUGGAAUCCUUUCUGAAGCUGCUGUCCGGGCAGAGCAUUGUAUGUGAUGCCGAGUGUCAUGGCAUCUGGCUCUGAGCCGACAACGGACGCCAUCCCCAUAAUUAGGCUUCGAACCUCCUUUUCGUUUCCAUUUCCCGCUAAAGCGCCGAUAUAUGCGUUGUAGACGCUGGGAGGUACGUCCAAAUCCAUUCUUUCAAUCUUUUGCCAAACCUCUCGGGCUUGCUUAUGCCCGCCGCUUUUCCUCUCCAGCGUCCAGAACAUUGCCUGCAAAGUAGCAUAUGACGGACCCUCUCUGGACUGUGUGAUUUGGGUCCAGUAGUCCAGCGCUAUUAGUGGCUGGCCGCAGCCUGUGUAUGCCAGCAUCAAGGCGGUAUAUAGCUUCGUCGAUGGCUGUAGCGAGACAUCCAUCUUGAGCAUAUUGUGAACCAUUUCCAGGCCUUCUUCGUCGGGAUAUCGGGCAAAGCCUUCUAGACAUGUGAUGUAGGUGUCUACUGUAGGAUGGUACGAUUUGUUUCGGUGUGCCCGCAUAUGCCCAAAGACUUGUGAAGCCAUAUCUGGGCGUUUUCGCUCAAAAAAUGCAUUCAUUAAUGAUACCCGCCGCUCGAAACUGGUAUCCUGGAAGAACUGUUGAAGAAGUUGAUACGCAGCCCAGGCUCGAUUUGUGCUCGUGCUGCGGUCGAGGCAAAAGGAGACAAAGGCGUUUUGAACAGUCUCUCGCUCGGUUUCGCUGUAUAAGAAGGAAUAGAUGGAGAGCAUGUCCAUGACGUCAAAGUGCUGGUCGUUUUCUAGGAAUCUCAAGCAGAGUACGCCGACAGUGUCUGGCUCAAGCCGCAUCUGAUCUUCUUCGACGGACUCGAGAACUGAUGAAAUAAACUUGAAAUCGGGCUGUUUCUGCGCUGCCAAUGCCACCAGAUACUCAUUAACUGC